GGUUGUCUUCCGCCGCCCGGGUGGGAGCCGGCUCCACACUGCGGGACCGCGGGGCCGGAGUUGGUGUCCUCCCUGACGGACGCGACUUGCGUCCCGGCGGCGGCUGCUCGGCGACGCGCCAGGCCCAGCGUGCGAGCGGCCGGGCGGGCGGGCGGGCGCGCGCUCUCGGGUCGGGCUCGCCACACCCGCCGCCUCUCCCCCUCCCCCAGGAAACGACAGCUGCGCGGGGCUGGCGCCGCCUCCCGCCACCUCCCACGUCCGCCCCGCCGUCGCCCGGCGCCCCAGCCCCGCCGUCGCCGCCGCGGCGCCCCCAGCCUCCCCGCUAGCCCAGCCGGCGGCUCCGUCCCGCCGCCGCCGUCGCCCGGCAUGAACAUCAUGGAUUUCAACGUGAAGAAGCUGGCGGCCGACGCGGGCACCUUCCUCAGCCGGGCCGUGCAGUUCACAGAAGAGAAGCUUGGCCAAGCAGAGAAGACGGAAUUGGAUGCACACUUGGAAAACCUCCUUAGCAAAGCCGAAUGUACCAAAAUAUGGACAGAAAAGAUAAUGAAACAGACUGAAGUGCUUUUGCAGCCAAAUCCAAAUGCCAGGAUAGAAGAAUUUGUUUAUGAGAAACUGGAUAGAAAAGCACCAAGUCGUAUAAACAACCCAGAACUUCUGGGACAAUAUAUGAUUGAUGCCGGGACCGAGUUUGGCCCAGGGACAGCUUAUGGUAAUGCCCUUAUUAAAUGUGGAGAAACACAGAAACGAAUCGGAACAGCUGACAGAGAGCUGAUUCAGACAUCAGCCUUAAAUUUCCUCACUCCUUUAAGAAACUUUAUAGAAGGGGAUUACAAAACAAUCGCAAAAGAAAGAAAACUAUUACAGAAUAAGAGACUGGAUUUGGAUGCUGCAAAAACGAGACUUAAAAAGGCAAAAGCUGCAGAAACUAAAAGUUCACAACUAAACUCCGCCCGCCUUGAAGGAGAUAGCAUUAUGGUAAAUUUCUCUUACAUGCUCAACUUCCUGCAUGUAAAAUGGCUGAAGAUUUGGGCAGAGGAAGUGACAAAAUCUGAACAGGAAUUACGAAUAACUCAAAGUGAAUUUGAUCGUCAAGCAGAGAUUACCCGACUUCUGCUAGAGGGAAUCAGCAGUACACACGCCCAUCAUCUCCGCUGUCUGAAUGACUUCGUAGAAGCCCAGAUGACAUACUAUGCACAGUGUUACCAGUACAUGUUAGACCUCCAGAAACAACUGGGAAGUUUUCCAUCCAAUUAUCUUUCUAACAACAAUCAGACUUCUGGGACACCUGUGCCCUCUGCUUUAUCAAAUGCGAUUGGCCCUUCUGCUAUGGCUUCAACCGGUAGCCUAGUAAUCCCUUCUCCUUCCAACCUCAAUGACCUUAAGGAAUCAAGUGGAAGCAGGAAGGCCAGGGUGCUCUAUGAUUAUGACGCUGCAAACAGUACUGAGCUGUCACUUCUGGCAGACGAGGUAAUCACUGUGUUCAGUGUCGUUGGAAUGGAUUCAGACUGGCUAAUGGGGGAGAGAGGAAAUCAAAAAGGCAAGGUGCCAAUUACCUACUUAGAACUUCUCAAUUAAAUAGGGAGACCGUGAAAGAUUACCCCUCAUGACACCAUAUUUAUAUACAGUAACUCUAAAGCAGGUUUAAGUAUCUUUCAUGUUAAUGUCAUAAGGGACUGAAAAGGAAAAUUCACAAGCCAUCAGAAACUGGCAGUUCUGCCAAUAAAUCGCAUGGUUAAUACUUCAUUACAGAUUUAUGUUAGAGAUUUCAUGACAAGAAUGUUUUCUUACACAGUUCUCUUUCUACCAAGGUUUCACUAACAAGCAACUUCUACUUUUGAGCCCCAAUUUAAAAACAAAAGGAUUGUUUUCUACUGAAUUUUUCAUUAACGGCAAACUUUUUCUUUUAUGCAAAAUAAAUUUAUUAUGCAUGAUU